GGCGGCAUGGCGAAAAGCUAACCCUGGUCCGGUCCUUGCCUAACUAGUUCUAAGGUUUAAGUUACGCCCGCCGCUGUUCGGUCCAGCCUCUAGAUACGCAGCGUACGGCCGUGAGGAGAGGAGGGCAUCCACAUUAACUUAUUGGAGCCACACCACCCGCCUCAGUUUUAAGCCAUCUCCAACAACCCGUCGUAUUCCCCAACCAGCUAAAUAGUAGUCACUGACUGCAACAACGCGAAGACACAACAAACAUACUACACACUCGAGAGAGGCUUACGCAAAGCAAAAGUUCAACCAUGAAUCCCCCAACCCAUUCCCCUCUUGAGAUGCCCUCAGAGUCUACCUUAAGAGACGCUGCUAAGCUCUCUGUUUUAGAUGCGGAUGGGAAUGAAGUACUGUUUGGAGAUUUGUAUAAACCAUCGGGACGAGGGGAAAAGAAGCGAACAUUAAUUAUUUUCAUUCGCCAUUUCUUUUGCGGAAGCUGUCAAGACUAUGUCAAGGCCGUGUCCGAGAGUAUUCCAGCGCCAUCGCAGUUACCCACCAAUACUACUAUUAUCAUCGUUGGUUGCGGCGCUUCAAGUCUCAUUGCGACUUACAGGGACACCACGAAAUGCCCAUUCCCCAUAUAUACAGACCCUACUCGAUGCCUCCAUGCUUUGUUUGACAUGAAAAUGACAUUGGACGCUGGAGAUAACGCUCCAAACUAUUCCACGUCCUCGAUGUUCUCCUUAGUAAUUCGGGGAAUUACUACGACCCUUGGCCGAUUACUCUCCGGCGAUAUGCUUCAAUCUGGAAACAAAUGGCAGAAUGGAGGGGAGCUCUUGUUCGAAGCUGAAUUCGCAAACGGAGCGGAGGGUGGCGAUGAAGAAAUUAAAGUUAAUGUUCCAUUCUGCCAUAUCAUGAAAAACACUCGCGACCACAGUGAAGUUUCGGUUUUGAGAACCAUCCUUGGCCUUGAUGAGGAACACAGUUGAAAAGCAGAUGGAUAGGAUGGUGCGUUUAGGAAUGAUCGUUUUUAAGAGACCAUGGGCUUUCCCUACUUCCGUCCAUGUGAAUAUUUGUUUCAUUUUCUGGGUAUCCGACGGCGUGGUUCUUUUCAGUUGUUAAGUUUUUACAUGUUCUAAGUUGUGCACGUAAUCCCGUUGGCUAUUUUCGCUUUUUCGGGUUUCAAGUCCCAAUGUUGAUGAACACUUUUUUGUUCGGCUGAUGAUAUUCAAUGUUUUCACAUGGGUUACAGAGUACAUUUCUCUAUGCUGUUGGCGUAUUCGAACCAAUGGAAUUAUCCUUGGCUCCAUAACGCAGCAACUCCAAAAAGAAAUUAAAAAAAAAGAAAUAAAAAAAAAAAAGAACA